GUUUUGAGUUUUACUUUUGUUUUUUUUUGCUAUUCUAUGCUCUAAAAGUAUAUUUCUAAAAAUAUAAAUCUAUAUACUUGAUUUAGGAGGUAAUUCUGUUAAUUAUGUAAAAAAGGAUAAUUUUAUCUAUACUGGUUUAGGAAAAUAGAUAUGAACAUAUCUAUAUAUACCCUUGUAGUCCGAAGAACAAACAUAUAAAAACACAAGAUUAAAAUUUGUUCUUGAGUAGCAGGAGAGAAAUCAUGAAAACUUUGGUGAUUUGCUUAUUGAUGAUUAGUAGUGUUGUGAUAAUAGGAAAUGUAGCAGAGGUUUCUGCUGGUAAAGGUAAGUAUUUAGAUCCAGGGGUGCUUGACCGUUGCUUGGGCUCUAACCCGCCACCCAAAUGUCAUAUUCCCGAUCCCAAGGAUAAAACUCGUCCACCUUCUCACGACUAUCGUCGUGGUUGCCUCGAAAGUCAACACUGCCGUCCGACUAAAACCUCAGAUGGUGUUUAACCCAGAAACCCCUUACACAUGAUUUUUGAUACUAUAUUUACAUAUAGACAAAGAUUAUGCAUUGUGUAAUAUAUUAUUAUUAUUAUUAUUAUCAUAUGUACAGUUUUGCUUCAAUUUUCGGACUAUUUUUUCAAGUAUUUUUUGGCAUGCAAUUUCCAACAUAAGUUUGAAAUAAUGUAUUGUGAUAAAUGUAUCGAUCAAUUACCUUCAAAUAAUAUAAUAUAAAUUUAUUA